AUGAAAGACGCACCACCUGUUUGGAAGAUUUGCCCAAUGAGUUAUGGCUCGAACUUUUCACCUUUUCUACUUGGUUUCAAAUCAAAUCCACUUGGCUUCAGUGGCAAACUGAAUGAGCGCAUCAUAGCAUUAGCUCGUGAAACAUUGAAUCGUGUUGCCUUCGAAAUCUUCACGAUGUCGAUAUUUUCUCACACUAUUCGUUUACGUCUCUCAUUGCAACAUAUAUCCGAAUUGACAUUGUUGGUUCAAUCUGACGAUUUACCACGUGUUCAACAUUUACAUAUCACAUUACAAGAUAAAGUUGGUUAUCUGUUGGAUUGGCCAAUUUACCGGAAAAUACCAUCGCGUUUCACAUCGUGUCCAAACGAUCUCCGUCCAUCUCAAGCCGAUCAGUCAGAAUUACGCACAUUACAUUUACAAAACAUAUUCAUGAGUGAUGUUCUUCUCUUAAUUGAACAUCUUCCAUCCAUGGCUCGAUCGAAAUCACUAACACUAAUCCACUGCGAUGUAACAGAUACAAACCAAUUAAUUAUAUUCAAAUACGCCAUUUCAAGAUAUUUACUCACUUGGCGUUUUCUUCGAUAUGUGCUCUGGUUUCCGAAUGAAAUAAUACUCGAUAGAAACGAUUCUCUUUGUUGGUUAAACUUAGCUGAUUGUGCUGUCGAAGAAGAGACAUACGAUGACGGCAAAUCGAGUAGAGUUGUGCUAUACACAGUUCCUUAUCCGGUCGACUGUUGCCGUCAGGUGAACAAUCACACAUUUACUCGACGAUCUCCAGUCAGUCAAAUGGCUAAUCAAUUGUGUUGGACAGUUGAUCAAGAUCCAUUGUCGAUCGAUCACAGUGUUGCUCGACUACAGUAUGUUCGUUCUCUGCAGUGGAAUUAUGUUAUUCAAAGUAUUGAUCCACACCCUCGUCUAAGCAAUGAACAAGGUUCACUGGCUCGUGUCCUCAUUGAUUCAAAUGAAGAAAUUAUUCUCUGGCUUUGA